UGCCUCCAGAGGUCAUUCUCACUACAGUUGCCACUUGUUGCCAAAGCAGCACGGGGCUCCACCAUUCAACACCAAACCGAUUUCAAGUAUUUAUUCAGCCUAGCUAUCGAGACCGACAUAUUUGGAUGCUGAAUGCGGACCGUGGCCAGGACCGAAGGAAGACUCGCGUGAUCCGGUAGAUAACAUUUCGGCGCAUCCGCGGGAAGCAUGGUUGAUAACGCAAGUAUAGCAACUAAAUCUGCUUUGCAAGGCUCUUUUUCGCCCGCCAGUAGCAUUCCCAUCCCGGCUUCCUCCGCCUCCUCUCACAGCGCCUUCCCCGGAGUCCAGUCCCAGCAGCCCGCCAGCGGCGGCAUGAAGCUCGAAGCGGUCAUGGAGAACCUGCAGCGGCAACAGGCAGCGCGGCUGGCCCUGGAGGAGAAGCUCCGGCAGGCGGAGACAGAGAAAGACCUCCGCUCCAUGGUGGAGUCGCAGAUACACCAACAAGCGCUGGCUUUCCGCCACUACCAGGCGGCGAUGCGCGGCGCUCUGGCCGCCGGAGUUGCUAACUCGUCGCUCCCACACAUGGAGGUCCGCAGAGGCGCCGAGGACGGGAGCUCCUCCAGACCGGGCAGCGACGGUAAGGAGCGGGAGGAGGAAGAGGGAGACGACAUGGAGGAGCAGGACAUUAUGGAUGAAGAGGAGGAGGGGGAAGAUGAUGUCGGGUUGAACCACUACCAGCACCGGGCGUCCUCGCUCCAGGGAGCCGGUCUGCCUCCGAAGGGCAGCCCGAUGCAUCUCAUGGCCAGAGUCCCAGCGGCCUUUGCCCCGACCCGCCGGGCAGAGUCUCCCUCGGCUCCGCAGCCCCAGCACCACGACUGGACCUAUGAGGAGCAGUUCAAACAGCUGUAUGAAUUGGAUGAUGAUGAGAAGCGCAAAGAAUUUCUUGAUGACCUUUUUACUUUCAUGCAAAAACGAGGGACUCCAGUGAAUCGGAUUCCUAUCAUGGCCAAGCAGGUGUUGGAUCUCUACAUGCUCUACAAGCUUGUCACAGAAAAAGGCGGCUUAGUGGAAGUCAUCAAUAAGAAAAUAUGGCGUGAGAUCACCAAAGGCCUUAACCUCCCUACCUCCAUUACCAGUGCAGCUUUCACUCUCCGAACACAGUAUAUGAAGUACCUCUACCCGUAUGAAUGUGAAAAGCGGGGACUGAGCUCCCCCGGGGAGCUCCAGGCAGCUAUCGACAGCAACCGGCGGGAAGGCCGUCGCCAGAGCUACGGCUCGGCCAUCUUCAGCUACUCCCCCGUGGGCACCCCCACCCUCCUGUCCUCACCAAAGAUGCACAUGUCCCACCUGUCUCUGCCCACGCACAACAGCGGCCAUAUCUCCCACGUGCCUGUCAUCAAGAAAGAGGAGUCCAUGAUGGCCAGCUGCCUGCCCAGCCGGUUGUCCCUCCCCAUGUCGCCCAGCGGCCAUCACGCAGCAGCCGCGGCCGCCCAGGCAGCCGCGGCCCAGGCCGUCCAGGCCGCGGCCCUGGAACAGCUCAGAGAGAAGCUGGACAGUGGGGAACCACCAGAGAAGAAGAUGAUGAUGGUGGCAGAGGAGCAGCAGAGGAUGAUGCAACACGCCCUGCAGCAGAACCUGCUGGCCAUGGCCACGCAGCUGCCCCUCAACAUCAAACUCAACAACAGAGAUGAUAGACAAGAGACCGCAUUGAACCUGUCUACCAACGGCAUUAGCAGCAUCAACAUGUCAAUAGAAAUAAAUGGAGUUGUCUACACAGGCGUCCUGUUCGCUAGGCAGUCAGCCAUCGCGGCGAUGGCGGGACACCGCGGGAGACACAGCAGCUGUCAGACUCAGGGAAAGAGCAGCCCCACGCAGUUCCAGCCCUCCUGCUCCUCCUCGUCGUCCUCCUCCUCUUCCUCGCUCCACGGACACAGAAACACCUCCCCCUGAGUUUCCUGUCCCCCCCUCCCUCCCCCAGAUCCAUUCUCUCCUCAAAGACACAAAGCAGUCGUUGUUCUUCAAGGUGGCUUUUUCUCCGUCUACUCGAUCCGAGUCCUUGUAGGUCAGCUAACGUCACAUUGAAAAGCAGCACAUAUAUUUACAGGUGAGAUAUCUUUUCCAGUCCCCCCCCCACCCCACCCCCCACUCUCCCUGCUCUGAAUCAGCAGUGUGUUCCGAGGACAUUUAACCUUUGCGUGUCACUAUUGUCUUUCACAUCGUCAAAGACGUCUGUUCUGCGUGAAGCACUUCUUCAGGUGCAACCUGGAUGAAUCCGAACCGAGACCCCCUCAAAUCAAAAGAGGGGGCAGCUGAACAGCUAACCUUCAACAAGACAUGACAUCUGAUGAUGAUGUUUAAAGGCUUUAUGACAGACCUCAGAAACUCACUGCUUCCAGCUGAUACCAAAGAAGAAGACCAGUCUUUACUGGUUCAACACGUCCAGCUUUCACGCCAAUGAUCAAACCUGAAGACUAGAGCUAGAACACAAACAGCACGUCCCAAGUGAAAAGCCUCAUGUGUCCUGUAGAGAGGCUGUGUAGACUGCUUAACCCUUAUGCUCUCAUGUUCCAUUGGACAGUUGCUUAAUAAUGUCUCAACUUAUAGCUGACAACAUGGCUGGAAAGAGUGAAACAUGUGUGCUUCAACGCAGGAACCUUGGAAGUGAGAGUGAAGCGUCUAAUGUGUGGAUUUCUUUUUUUUUCUUAUUUUCUUAAACGCAAUCAAAUCAGUCCACAGACAAUCAGCAACUUGUUGGAUGACUAACUACAGCAAGGAGACCAAUGGAACCAAGCAACUAAGAGUUAACACAAGCUCUCUAUCCACGGGUAACAAACAGUGUGUCCCAAUCCCAUGUUGUAACAGUAAUACUAUACAUAUGUAUUACAGAUUAUCAGAUUAGUAUUAUUGAGGAGUAUUACACUGGAACACUGCCCUGCCCCAGGCUCGCUGUGUGUCAGUUAGUUUUGUACUAAUUAAAUUAAGCAAAUUUGUUUAGGAUAUGUAAGCAUAAUUUUAACUCCACUAUGUAUUAAAACUACAUUUUCACGCAGGGUCCCUCUACAAGACAGGUUUUUUUCAUUGGGCUUUUAGGGGUGCACAGUACCAAAAAUCCUUGUAGUAAUAAUCAAAUGAGUCCAAAGUAAAGACCCACAUAGACACCCUCAAUUCAAAUUUUAAUUCAAUUAAAUUUGUGAUAGCCCAAGGGUAUGUUAAAAGUGAUAAAAUACAUGCAUACUUUGACCCCUGUGCAGGUUGCCAGGUCUGCCUCACUAUAAUACACAGAACACAAGAAAUUAAAGAAAAAAUGUUCUUUAAAAAAAAAUGAAAGAAACUAAGGUAAUACACACAGUCAGGGAAUCUGACAUCAGAACCAUUGGACAUUUUAAAUGGAAAGGAAAUUUCACCAAAGAUUUAUUACUCAGACUGCCAACCACUAGUUUCCCACAAGUUUCCAGACAUGGAUGAUCGUAUUAUAAAAACGUGAUGCCAGACACCCAAAAACUUUUCAUCCAGACACUGUCACGCACACACAAAGAGGUCUGUGUGGAGAUUUUUUGUUAAUGCAGUACGUAAGUAGGCCAAUGGAACACCGGCAGCAAGGACACAUGCAUUCUGGGACAUAACGACCCCAUUUCAAAAAACACUUUCACACAAUUAGAAUUAGUUUAUAGUAUAGUUUUGGAACACAUGUUAUUAGCUUUUAGUAUGUUAGCCGGGGCACUAAUCAGAUGUAAUUGUGGUAGUGAGUGGAGCACAUCAUUCGCUAAUCAGUGAUGAAAUCAUCUGCUCAGUAACCAAUCACGUCUGUCCAGUUCUGUUUAGACAGGACCUGCAACAUGGCCACUAGAAGGAUCUCCUGCACUCGGAAGCCAUUUACAGGGGAAGGCUGCUCACGACUUAGUCCCCCCCCCCCCCCCCCCCCCCCCGCCCCCUCCACCAGGUUUUCUUUUGCUGUGAUCACAGACUAAAUGUCGCUUGAUUUUGACACGAUCAUACGCCUGAUCACAGAAGCACAUCGUGUCGAUCAUAGAAUUUUGUAAGCCGAUAUCGCCAAAUUUUUUAAAUCAAGCGCAGAAUACCUAACAAGAACAUGCGUGUUCGACAUCCUGUCCUCUCUGCUUUUCCAGAGUGUACAGGGACAGCUUAAAUUGAAAGUGAUGGCAAGCAUUUGUUCCGUAUACGAUGCUUUCCCCAUUCGUUACAAUAAAAUAUUGCGAUUGACAUCAUUGCUCCACCGGUUGUGGUUGUGGUCAGAAACACUUCCAGAAAUCUCUGCCGAGCCUGAGGGCGGUUGAACUGCAGCGCGUGGGAUUGCAUCGCUUUUUAAAGAAAUCUUCUGCAACGCACAUUGACUAAAGCCAGCAGGACCACUGACAUGUAGGAAAUAACAGAGAUGUUUUGUCAACACAAUAAGACGCAUAAUAAGCACAAAGCUGAUGUGACGGAGUCUUUGGAGGAAAUAAAUGCAGAGAGUCCUUGCAUGGCGUUGAAUGCGUUAAAGAAAGAAUGGUGACAGGAAAGAGUCGAGCACUUGAGCACGUAGGCAGCAAGUGAUCCGACAUCCAGAAGGAAGUCACGACAGGAAGUUGUCAUCAGUCACUCAGAAGUUUUAUAUUGUGAAUAGAAUCCAGGUUUUCUUUUUUUAUUAGUAAUGCACUUGUGUCUAACAUCAUUCAUUUCUUCAUUUCUCUCUUGUCUUUUAUUAUCAGCUUUCAUAAAGAUAUCAAAUGUUUAUUUCUUUAUUGUGAAGGGAAAUGGGAACCAGAUAUAUGGGUUUUUAUUAAGUCUGUUCAAGCAUUUAAUUGCAGAUUUUAUUUAUUAUGUUUUAUAUUCGAUCCUGCAUUCAGCUCCACCACUUUGUUUCCAAACCCUUUUUAAGAGUCUUCUUGAAUGCAGAUACCUCACCAAUCUACCUGUAUAUAGUCAUAGUAGUAUGAAAACAAGAUAUACCUCAUAAAUUUCAUUUAUUUUUUAUUGUACAGCCAACUGAAAACCAAUGUUUUACUUCAACAGAUCACUGGAGGGUUUUUUUUCUUCAUAUUUUGUAUGAUUAUACCAAAGAAGGGAAUAUUUUAUUGACACACAUCUACCUCAUUUGUUAUAGACUGUGCCAACAAGCAUGUCCACAAUCUUAAUUGCCAGUGCAUUCAUGGUGUUUCAUAUCCAUGUGUUUGUGUGAACACAAAAUGCUUUUCAGUCAAAAACAAAAAACAAAGCAACAGAUUAGACUAAAGAAUUAAGCAACAUGUUCAAAGUGCUUUUUAUGUUGGGUGUUGUGCCGGCGCAACAAAACAGCCUUUUGUGGGACAAAGUAGGGACGCUUGUCAAAAUCCAUCUGCAUGAAAACAUGAACCUACAGUAAAGAGGAAGACAGCAUGUUGACACAGUGAUUGGCACAGAUUUGAUAUAUCUGUUCUGUCAUCAGUGGAGGCCUGAGGACGGCGGUGUCACUUGGUCUGCUUUCAUAUUUGUUGUUGUAUAAAUAAGCACAUUAAAUGUCCGUUUUCAUAGAUAAAGACUGGAAGAUGCAGUUUGAAACGUUAAGUGGACUUUUGAGCUGAGAUUGUUCAGUCACACUGUUAAAGAUUACAGCCCAGCAGACAUAUCAAUGGGCCAAUGUAUCAGCCGAUAUUAACUUAUAGCUCAAUACAUCGACUGAUAAAUAACAAAACAUGUCUAAGAUGUGUUUGAUGUGAUUUAGAAACAGAGUCUCCAUUGGAGAGUUUGUUGGGUUAACUGUCAAACUCUCAAACUUUGAUAUCAGUAUCUACCUCAAACCCUCUCCCACACACACACACCUACACACACAUAUAGACCUUUGACCCUAACAUCGUCAGGCAAAAAACGUCCACUUGCACAAAAUGUAUCAACAGUUGUGUGCUUUUUUGGAGUUGCUGUCUUCCUCGCCUGAUCUUCAUGUCAAUUUAUCCAUGCAGAUUUUUUACAGUUGUUGAUUUAAAAUGCUAUGACUAGUCCAGUGUCAUGAUGACAGUGUAACGCUCCAGGCUGAUUACUGGUGAUAAAGCUAAUAAUAUAUUGUGUGACUGUAUGUAUAGCUGGUGAUGUUGAAAUUGUGCAAACACAGUCGUGCAGCAGAGGACAAUCCUCAGCCAUAGACGAGCGGACUCCUCAGCUGUCGGUUGAGCCGUCGAAGGUGGUUGUGCUUUAUGAUUCUCAUGUUUACUUGAAAUGUGUUGUUUAGCAAUCAGACAGUUCUGCAGGUCUAUACACAGCAACAAUCCAAGGAAAGAAUCCCCUCCUCGUACACUAACUUGAACACUGAAACAAUGAUAUCAGCUCAAUAGUAAUGGACUUGAAUGUUUUGCUCUAAAAGCAGCUGGACAGAUGUUUAGCCAGUCUAAAUAGAGUUGCAAAGUGGGAGAAGUUAUUUUAGGAAUCCAGGGUUCUGGAAGCAAAAGCCCCUAUUUACAUAGACAAUGUUCGGUGACUCACAGUUGGAGCUCUUUAAGGCUUGUAUGGACAUGAUACUCUCCUGGUGGAAGCGCCAGUAAAAAGAAUAUUAAUACCAUUGGGCAGACUAAUAUAAUUGGACUCAGCCGAUCUGCGUCAAUGAAGAAGCAUAAUCCUUUUUAUACUAUCCAUAAAUACAUGUGUGAAGGUGGACAUAGUGCAAGUAAUGCAAAAUUAAAUGCAAGUUAUACUGUAAAAUGUAGUGCAGUUAUAGAUCCGAUUAUAUAAUUAAGAAGGAUGUAUGAAUCCAGAGUGAGAGUGUCUAUCAGUCUUUAUUCCAUUAGGAGAGGGGUGUCAAACUCAACUUUAAGGGCCACACUGGAUAAUAAAAGUUAAAAGUAUGCUAGUACACAGCUGACUUACAGCAACCUGUUGUAGUCGGCUAAUCUGCCAAAUUCAGCUUUGAGUGUUACAGUCUGACGGUUUCCCGUCUUUUGGGUUUGGCGCUAGGCAAAAAUGUGCAAGGUGCCAGAUCUGGCCAAUGGGCCUUGAGUUUGACAUGUGUGCAUUAGGGGUUAGUGUUUCGCUGUUUGACCAGGAGGUCUUAAAGAGUGAUAUUAGUGUUUUCCAUCUUCUUCUCCACCACCUCCCGGAACAGAGCCAGCCUUUCUGAUCACUUUGUUCAGCCUGGUUGGGUCGCCGGCUCUGAUGCAACUGCCCCAACACAUUGCAGCUGAGACAAUUGUACUUGAAACAACAGACUGGUAAAAGAUCUGCAACAUCUUGUUGCACACAAUUUAAGGAUCUGAGUUUUCUCAGGAACCAGAGCCAGCACAUACUGGAAAUACUGGCAGCUUCUCCCACUUCACAACUCCAUGUCCCACUGUUAACGUCCAGAAUCUGUAGGACUGUCUUGGGUCCAUUCACCUUGUUACCAUAAGUGAUGAUGAAUGACCUACAUGUGUCACGGCUCGGAUCAGAAACCUGGACAUUUCAGUCACUCAGACGUUCCGGACUUUGAAAAAACAAACUCACUGGUCUUCUUUGAGGCUAUUAAGGCAAAUGUAAAGAAGAAAACAGGAUUUAUUUCAACAGAAAAAGACAUGUAAAUGCAAAUUCAAUCAGCGAGAGGGAAAGAAAACCAGUGAGUUUGUAUUUUUAACAUUCCCCCCAAACCAAUAAUAAAAAUCUGAACAACUUAAUUGGCCCUGAGAUGACUGUGUAAGAUUGUGAAGCUCUGUAUGAUGCGCCUGGUUCAGUGGCUAUUCAGGACUGUUUAAAUGUUCUACUUCCAUAAUCCAGGUGCUCCCCAUAGGACAGCCCUGUCUCACAUUCUGAAAACAGAGCACCGGCACAGUCUAUUCCUCACCCCCCCCCCCCCCCCCCUUCUGUACAUACUGCUAAAUGAUGCCAAUACCUGAACACUUCAGAGGACUGUGAGGCCGCAGCAUGGAAUCACUGGCAUUCUUCUCACCAAAGACUUUUUCAACCAUUCUCACACGAUUUUUAGGUGACAACCAACAGCGGAGCAGACAAGCAAAGAGAAAGUCACAGCUCUGCAUGCAGAAAAAAAAAGAAUUGACUUAUAUAACCAAAUAACAUGUUGUUUACUUUGUAUGAUGCUAUGCUGGUAGUUUUUAGACACUAAUCGCUUUAUUAGCUGUGUAGGAAGCUUUAAAUGUUUCUUUAAUUUCCCUUUCGUUCAUCUUGGAUAAAUCCAGUGCAUUAUGGGAAUUCUGGAUUGUGGUGCUCAGGGGUUCAAAUUUACAAAAGAAAGAGGUGAAAGAGAUUUUCCUGUUUUGCCAUUUGACUUGUAGCGUAUUUAGAAAUAAAAUCAUGCUUUUAACUUCA